CAAUUUUAAGACAAAAGUGAGAGAUUAGAAUUGGAUGCCCCCAAAAUUUCCCCCAAAAAAACUUCCUCUCUUACCUCAAAUCUACCGAAUUUCUCUCAAACUUCAAUCUUCAACCUUCAACUGCCAUAACUGUUUUUCCAUUGGAAAUCUGCUGCUAAUCGGAGUUGCAUGACGAGCGCUUCGGAGCUUUUCUACCAGCGGAGGUCGCGAAUUGGGCGUCAUUCCGAUUCAUUUGGCGUUGGGUCGGAUUUGGGCUCUCCACCGCCGCCUCUCUGGAUCAAUCGCCGCCGCCGCAACAACAACCCUGCAGGAGGAAAUCACAGUCGCCGAGAUCGUCUCGAUCCCGACGGCUGCAAUCCGUUGCGCCGCUCUCUUCAUCACCCGCGCCAGACCUCGUUCCAUCGCUCUUCUCAUCCACCUCCGGAACGUGAAACGGUUCGACCUGAAGAUGGCAACCACCUGUUUUCUCCAGGCAAUGUUGUCCAUCCUGAACCUCAAGUUAAUCCACAAGAUAGGCUGUCUUUAAGUGGGAAUGACAGGCUUCCUGGAGCCGUGCUGCUUGCUAGAGAAAGACUUCUGCAACGACUGAGAGGUGUUACACUCUCUGGUAGCAGGCGGAGUAACAGGAACUCAUCUAGUAGCCAACAUAGUGACUAUGCAAUGGGGGAUGACUUCAGGCUCGUGGAUGCUGGGGAUUGGGAAACAGAAAUAUCUAGGGAGUGGCUCGCAGCAGCGGCUCCCUUACCCAGUUCAGUUGUCCAGCAUCUGAACAAGAGGCCUCCAGGACUUACUCAAGAGGCACUAAGCUGUUUGCCGGUCGAGGUAUUCUGUGUCGCAGAGGAAAGUGACGAGCAGCACGUGUCUAGGGCAUCGAGAGAGUGUAGCAUAUGCCUGGAGAGUUUCUUGGUGGGAGAUCAGCUGAUAUGUCUACCGUGCGGGCACAGUAAAUGCAGGUCGACGAAUUGGGAAGCAGCAGGUUGUUUGGGGGAUAUUCAACCCGGGACAGGACCCACCUGGUGUGUCGUGUUUCAUGUUUGAGCGAGGUAGAUUUGGACAGGUAAGAUCUGAAACUUCUAAGAAUAAAGGCUUUUAAAGUAAACAGAGAGAUUGGCGGUACCCCAGUUGAAUGAUUCAACAUUCGGCUAUAACUGUUUGUCCCAUGAAAAUGAUGUGUAACAAAUAAUAUCAUGAAAUUGAAAGCACCCUUAGAAAAACUUCCUUGACUACCUUGUAGUAAUACUAUAUUAGAAGCCAGUCAACUCAAUUAGUUUUUCAUAGCGACUCUGUCCCACUCAGUACUCACAAUCCAUUUUUCUUUGCGACUCUCUGUUUCAACCUUUUAC